AUGGCGCAAGACGGCACUAGGGGCUCUAAAGACAAUAAUAGCUCUAAGGAAGAGUUCUGCGAUCUUAGUUGUUUAGGCCUCGCUGAGGCGUUUCUGGCCGAGAUUUCAGUGGCGUUGCUGCUCUUCUUGGCUGAGCCGCCAUCUUUCUAA